AUGCCCCCGGCAAAUUUCACAGAUCUUCCUCUAGAGAUACGUGUGAUGAUCUACGAAUUGAUCCUUCCAAGCUCCGGAAAACCACCAUCGUCAAUCAUUGUUGGGCCCGCGAAACACGCAGGCGUACCUUUACGAACCACCGGCCAACAUGCUCUACUCGCUAAAAAGGCAUCCACUGCAGACAUUGCGUUUGAAUUCCGAUCAAUAUUCUUCAAGAGGUUUUCUUUCAAAGUCCAAGCAGGUGAAUUAGGUGAUUUUCUGCGCGGAAGAUGCGCUAUCGAUGGUUUCUACGGUGCCUUUCCCGUCAAAACUGUAGUGGAGCAUCUCGUGGUUAUCCUCAACUCGAGCAGUCGAGGGGAGCACCAUCUGAUGAUGUCAUUCCUACCAGACUUCAAAUUUUCAGUCAAAGUACUUGAUGAGCGGCUAAGGAGACUUUGUCGCUUUUCGGAGAAUCUCAUCAUUCGCAGUGGAGAGCUCUGUCAUGGUGUUGCGUUCAAAGGCACACGGGUGCAGGAUUUGGCAGCCACUUUAAGCAAAGCUGCGCAUAUCGACCCAAUCGUUAUGAUAGAUUUGACCGACGAGCCAGAGGACUCAUAA